AUGACCGUAAGACGCCUCUUUGGCUUUAUCCUUGUCUUCGUCAACACGUCUAACCGUACAAGUCGGGAGUUGGCACUAGAUGACCUGUCCCUUGUCCGAACCACGUCAAUUAAAUCUAAUGAUAACAGCGCCUCACCUCGAAAUGGUUCUGAGAGCAUACAAUGUUUUGGAAAGGGCUUCUUCCAUCACCGAGGCAAACCAAAACACGAAAGUAGUGCUCAGAGUUCUUCUGUUAGCCAAGCAUAUACGGGAGAUAUGCCUGCUAAAAACGCUGCUGGAGGAAAGGGAAUCAUUCCAUCCAUAUUUUCCAGGAGAAAACAAUCUCGCUAUGAAUCUGCCCAGAGACGACGGCAAGAUUUAGGCUUAUUUAACUUCCACUACGUCACUCACACACAACGGAAUAAUGUAUGCAACGGCGGGGAUCCUGUGAAUGGCGCAGAGACAUUGAACGAAGCUUCGACUGGCGCAUUCGAAGCAAUCCGGUAUCCUCUUCCCCGUAAAUUGUCAUCAGACUCGAUGGGCGAUCUGUGCGAAGCACCAACCUCAGGACCUAGCUCUCGUCCGCUUCUAGUGUCUCAUCAUACUGCCCCCGCGUCAGAACAUCGUCAGCUUCUUAGGCACAUUCUACCACUAGAAAAACUUCGAAAGAAUUCACCACCUCCUCGGGUUUCCAGCAAGCAAUCCUGCUGCCAAGACAGCACACAUGCCAUUAACAUCGCAGCAGUUAACAGGGCUCAGAUAAACAACGAAUUCUGCCAACCCCCCAAUUUCAGUCCCGAAGCAUCUGGUCACAUCGUCGAUGAUACUAGCCCACAUGGGCAGAACUCAUCUAUUCAGCAAGAACAUUCUUCGCCUGACGAAAAACAAUACUGCGGUGUUAUGUUUGGUGCUCGAGAUUCAACAUGGCCACUGGCGAUUUCAACUCCAGUAUCGUACGAAACGUUGCCAGACGUUGCGGAGGAGGAAGAACAUCACACCCUUCCAAGACGAUCAUGGCUUAGUCUUGCCAGCAGUGACUCCUCGCUCCAGAGUACUCAAUCCGUUGAGCCCGUUCCAAUGUUGCCAUCGUUGGCUGAAUCUGAGAGGCCAACAAGUGGAGGAUCGGAGACACUUGGCGGCUUGGAAAUCAUGCGAUUUAACAGUACUUUUCAUGAGGAUCCCCAAAGCCCGGUUCAAUUAGGAAGUCCAACAAGAGAGAGCUGGGAAGACCUCAUAGACAUUUGCUAUGAGCAAGGGGCAGAAGCUGACUGUGAUUAUCGGUAG